AUGUCAAGAGGUGGUGGGCGAGGAGGAGGCCGAGGAGGCAGGGGAGGAGGCAGAGGAGGACGGCCGGGUCUUCCUUGGGAUGACACAGAUGAGCCUGAUGCUCGGCCCUCUGAGCUGUUCCCACCUUAUGUCGUCCCGACAGCUCGCGACCUAAACACCACAGAAUACAACGGCGUUCAAUAUUUCCUCCUCCUCCGUCACCAGAUCCAUUCAUCGCCGCUAUAUACAUCCAAACGAACCUCCCUCAUCGAUCCCAACGCGCCGCGCAAAACCUACGGCCGCGACCAGAUGAACGCCCUCUACGACGUCAAAAGCAAAGCCUCCGUCGAUCCCUUCAGCGCAAUGCCAACCUACUCACAGCGCUUCUCCCGUCCGGAACGCGCACUCCCAGAAUGGUCUUCCCGGCCGGUAUGUCGAGAAAUGUAUCCACCUGAGCUGCUCGACACGGUCGACUCCGCAGAUGCCAGUGGCGUGAGGAAGAGGCGUAAGCUGGAGCUGAGCAAAGUAAAUGCUCUGCCGAAUGCGGAAGAGGCGUUUGGCAUGCCUGCUAUCGAGGGCGAGGACGACGGCGUGCCGGUCGAUGGGAAACAUAUUCUGGAAAGGCUGGACGCCCUGCGGGAUGACGAGGGUGAUGACGUUGGCGACGCGGAAGACGACGAGGGGCUGGAGGAGGAGGAGGAAGAUGAGGUCUACGAUGAUGAAGAUGCGGGUGACUACGAUGCCGAAGGAUACUUUGACAAUGGUGACGAAGGCGGCGAUGACUACGGGGAUGGAGAUGACGGCGAAGGAACAUAUUAA